GACAGAGAAGAAAUUUUAAAACAGCUAACUUGUGCAAUAUCGCAUGAGGACUUUGAUGAAAAAUCGACAAAGCCUCCUUUGGCAUCCAGCACGGUAUACGAGAUGUCUUCCGAUGAAAAUUCUUUCAACGGAAAAACAACAAAAACCUGGAUUUGGACCUCUAACACCGUUGAUAUUGAUUAUGGCAUGCCAACAAGGCACAGGCGAGAAACCGAAGACACUCUCAGUCCAAUUUCUACUAAAAGCACCACCGGUUUGUCAACUAUAAAACAGAUUUAUCAAAAAAAAGUUACAGCGACGGAAAGUUUUACGACUCCAGCAACAAAUUAUGACACGGAGGUUACUACAAACAGUCUCGAGAGCGAUUCGACAUUAGAUUCUAGCGUAGCUAAAAUUCCUGACAAAUCCAUAGGGCUUAACCAAAUACCAGAAAAUUUAACUACACAAGACGUUAAUACUCACCAGGAAGAGCAAGCUGAAAUGAUCUCAGUCACUCUCACGUCAUCUGCGGAAACUAAAUUCACCGAACAUGAUGUAGAUGACACCGGUGCAGAAUAUUCAAGUGCAAUUAAUCAGGGACAGUUAUUCAGUAUAAUAGAGAACGGUACCAUGUUCGACAUUAUUGAAUUAAACGAUACCACCACAGACGCAGACUUGAAAACAUCUCAGGAAUUUCCCUCAACCCAAGAAACGGAAUCUAAAAAAUCUAAAAUACAGUCAACAGAGCCCCCUUCUUCAACAGUUACUUCCAUAAAAGAAUAUAUAGAUAACAAAUUGCACAUCAAAGACAUAAAAUCUCGAAAGAAGGAUAUUUACAAACUUUCAGAUUCGAAAAAGAUGUACAAGGUUUUAUCAACAAUAUCUCCAAAACCUAUAGAGGAAAAUCAAAGCACAAAUAUUAUUAAUAAAGAAGUAGAAUUGUAUCCAAUUGUAAGAGAUCCUUCUUUGAAAUUGAACAGGACUUUUCGAAAAGAAUUGCCCCCGAUUCCAGAGGAUUAUAGUGAAAUAGAUACUGGGAAAAAAUUGGGAUCAAAACUGAUCGAUUUAUCAAUAAGUAAUGACUUAUCCAAUCCAGUAAGUGAACACAUUGAAAUAAAAUUGCAGGGAAAGAGUAAAAAUAACAUUACUGAAACUUUGUUCAUUACAACUUCAAGAAGACACAUCGAAAAUUCGAAAGGACAAAUUGAACCAAACACAACUAAACAUAUCACAGAAGAAAUAGAAAUAUCAGAAGGCCAAAACAAUGAACUUCCCAAGUACACUGCAGAAAUUGAUCCAAGAAUUGAUGUUUUAAAUAUGAAUCUUACAAAAAAUAAUGAAAGUGAAAUGGUAGACAAUUCAUUACCUGAAAAAGUUAAAGAAAUACCACAUAUUACUUUACCAGUUACCAAAAAGCAGUUUUUGCCAAAAUCUUUAGCAGGUGGAAUUGAAUUUACUGUUACUACCACCAAUUCUGAGUUUACAGAUGUAUCUGAGGACCCGUUAGAAACACAACCUGAAGAACAGCCAAGGCCAAAUCGACAAAGGCAAUUAACGCGACCACAAAGACGAUCAUUUUACCCUUAUUUUUUCAGUAGAGUUUUAGGAUGAAUUAGUUCAAUUUUAUGUUAAAUAGUUAGGUACCACCUCUGAAAUGUCUGAUGUGAUUCCUUUUAAGCACCUAGAUAAAUGUAAUGUUAUAAAGCUUAAAGAACAUUAUCGAAAUGUCAAAAAUUUGAGUGAUAAAUUGUCAAUGACACAUUAAUAUGUAUCUAAUUUUUAAACAUUGUUUAUUGGAAGGUAUGUUAACUUUAUUAGAAGUUUUAUAAUAACUAAUGGAUGUCUUUUUACAGCUUCUUAAUUUAUUGUAGUUUAAGACUAGCUAACUGAUGUUGUAAUAAUAAUUAGGGAUUGAGGCUUUAUGUAUAUAUAAUCACCAAAGUAUGUUGCGCACAAACCACUGCACACCGUCCUGCUUCACCCGUCCUUUGGUUCAUUAGAUUUGUUUAAACUGCAAGAUUUCACAAAAAGUAUACAUGCACAUAUGUUAUGU